AUGUCUCCAUUCCCCCAAUGGGUUCUCCAGGUGCCCUUCCGCUCGAGCCUCCUUCGCCUGCUCCAAACAGGAAAGCUCGUUCAGUCGGACGAGAGCUCGGUCCACACCAUGGCGACGCUGGUCUAUCGCAGGACGUUGGACCCGGUCGCAAUCCACUACAAGAUAGGAAAGAAGACCAUCGUCUUGCCUCCCGCUCACAAACCCAGACCCAGCUUUUGA